CCGGGCUGGGCUGGGCUGGGCUGGGCCGGGGGCAUCGUGACAGUGUUGGGGAUAGCAUCAUAUCUCAGAAUCCUACCCCCGCCUGCCUCUAUCUAUUUUUAUUCUCUGCAGCCAUACCUAUUAUCCAUCCUAUAUCUUGCUUCCACCAACAAUACGCUACUAGACAUACCUAGGUACCGUAAAGAGCACGGCAGAGCACAACACAGCACGUCAAUGUGAACAUCUCAACUCUUGUCCGAUAGACUCCUCUCUUCCAUUCUCUUGGACCCCUCUCCUGUCUUCGACCCCGCGUCUCUUCAUCUCCUCGACCCCUCCCGUGCCCCAUCUACAAAGACAUCCGGAUACCUCCCGUCGUCUCGCCUUGCCCUGCAUCGUACCUUCCUGCCCAGGCACUCACCUCGCACAUCAGACCCUACUUCCCGACCUAUCUGCUUCUCCUGCCUCGCCCUCGCCCUCCCCGACUGCUUCACUAUGGGCAACAAUCCGUCCACAAACUCGAAGUCGAACUCGCACUCACACUCCCACUCGCAUUCGCAUUCGGCCUCCUCAUCCCCUUCGCCUUCGCCCUCGAACCAUGAUGCACAAGCUCAAGCACAAGCUCAAGCUCAAGCUCAAGCUCAAGCUUCACGCACCCCCUCCACACGACGAGACCCCCGCAAUCUGAUUCAAGCGCAACGAGCUCCUGCAGAGCCGUCUCUAGCCCAGGCUCGUGGAACUACUGCGCAUCGUUCACGCAACUCCCAUUCACAUUCACAGUCACAGUCACAGUCACAGUCACAAUCAAUCACUCCAACUCCACAGCAAUCACAGCCGCCGUCGAGUCAAAAUAGCAACGCCAAUACACCACCAUCUAACCACAGCAGCGAGUCGCAGAUGGGGGUCCAGCAGUCCAAAGAAGAACUAAAGUCGGAAGCGAAGGACCAACCCAGUAAACCCGUCGAUGUCCCUGUACCUGCUCCUAACGUUGAUGCUACAACCUCUCGAUCAUACUCCCAAUCAAUCGAGCCAUCAGGCCCUCCAGCAACACAAGAUAUGUCAUACCAUCUGACUCGCCCACCGCGGCUACCCCUUCCAAUCGAGGAGGAGGUCCACACUCCAGGAUCGCCCAUAAUUGCCCCAACAGAUAUAGAUGCUCCGGUGCUGGAUAUAGAAGCUUUAGACAACGAAACUCUGGGCCGACGCUCAUCCGCACUCAGCACCACUACCGUCGAUGAAGAGGACGCAGAGGAGUUGCGCAUUGACAAGAACAAAGCCACUGUUCCCACCCCAUUCGAAUGGAAGAUACAAGGAUCGGAGCAAAAGGUCUACGUGACAGGUACUAUUUUCCAAUGGAACAAGAAGUACCGUUUACAUCCCGUUUCUGGCCAACCGGGCAUUUUAAGGGCUAUCAUACAUGUCAAGCCAGGAACUCAUCAUAUCAGAUUCAUUGUUGAUGGUGUUAUGCAGUGUUCCAAGCACAUUCCAACUACAGUGGACUUUGGCAACAAUCUGGUAAACUACAUUGAAGUCAGCGCAGAUGACAUACCACAGGAAGCUCCAGCUAUAGCACGAGCAUCAGGUGCUCCAGUUUCGGGUGGAGAUACGGAGGCAAACGUAGCUGCAAAGGACGAGUCUAAAGCUCCAGAGGAUGGCGACCCACAAGCUCCCAAGACUCCAAGGACCAAGUCGGUUUUACCGCCGGGACGAUAUUCUUCGCAAGUACCACAAUAUCUUGUUGAUCUUGACAAGGCUGAAGAAACUCCCGCAUACCAAUACGCAGCCGCUGCAAUUGAGAAGCUUCCAACCCCGCCCAGCCUUCCUGGGUUUUUGGGCAAGCCAAUUCUCAAUGCGGCUACACCGAUGAAAGACGACAACAGUGUCUUAACCAUGCCAAACCAUACCGUUCUCAAUCACCUGGCUACUAGCAGUAUCAAGAACAACGUACUCGCUGUGUCGGCAACGACGAGAUACAAGAGAAAGUACGUCACCACAAUCAUGUAUAAACCUACAGGAGAGGACUGAAAAUCUCAUUCGACGAUCCAAAUACGUUACUGGAUAAGGGGUCAUUCUUGAGAGCAAUUGGCAGGGUUUCUCCACUCUUUUGUCGGAAUAGGUACCUAGUUACCUUGGCAGAUAUCUGCAUCCUUCUCAAGGCCAUACUGGACAUGAGACCAUGGCUAUAAGCAAUAAGAGCUUCGCGCUCUGGAUCCAAUAUGAAGUAGAAGAAAUCUCAAAUGAAGUCAAAUCGUCGUGGUCUACAGACCGUUUAGUUUAGCAACCUACGAU